UCACACCACAACGGGGUUUAUAGACAACAGGAAAGGAUCUCUGCCAACUCCAGAGGGAACUGGAUUCUUUACAUGAUGCUCAUGAGAUUUCUGCUGCAAAAAGUGAUGGCGUCUCUCCUCCUCCUACACACGCUGGCUGCUGUCAUUUGCUUGCUGAUCAAGCCUAUAGCAAGUUUCUCUCAUGGUGCAAGCCACCGCUCCUGUCUGAAGAUGAUACCCGGACACAUCCAGGCUCAUCCGCUGGACCCCAAACACAGCCAUGUCACCAUCCACACCUCAUCCUCCCUGUACUGGCCUGGACAGCUGAUAACAGUGACUGUAAGAAGUUCCAGAGACUUCAUGGGGUUUCUCCUCCAGGCGCGCAGCGUUGGGGCUAGCGGUAAGGUUGUUGGAGGGGCUUCCAUCAGGUCUAAGAGACUGGGUCCUAUUCUGGUGGGCGGGUGUUGGAUCCUCACUCCCCCAAGUACCCACACCCUGCACUGCAUGUCGGACGGGGACACAGUCACGCAUUCUGACAAACAGCUAAAGAGAAACCUCUCCUUUGUUUGGAGGGCUCCAGAUGCACCAAUGGGAGAUGUACGCUUUCACAUCACCGUGGUGCAGUCCUACUUUGUUUACUGGGCUGGCAUCGAGUCUGCAGUGGUGCAUGAUGGGAGUCGUGUCUACUGGAGCGUCUAUAACAUCACAGUGAGGGAUGGAGAGAAGACUUUUGCUGUACAGACAGAAAACGUGACCGUUCUGCCAGCAUUUAGAGCCACCAGGGUAUCAGUUACAACAACAAACACAACAUUUAGUUUGUCUACUAGUGUCACACACUCAACAACAUCAACCAAUGAUACUCUGAAAACAGAGGGGAGCCGUCUAGUCUUGGAGCUGAACAGCUCUGUGGCGUUGACAAGUCAUGGCGUGAUUGAAAGGACGGCUUUUACCCCAACAUCUCACAAGAAGGCAGAUUCGAACGAUCCAAAGAGAAACUCCCAGGAAACAAACUAUGAGACAGGUCCAAAAAUGAAGGAAACAACCUCUGCUGAAUCCACUGCAGCAACACUGUUAACUUUUCAGGGCUUCCACGAAGUAAAAACCUUAAGCUCCAGCAUCCACCAUCCAAGAACAUCAACUCAAGCUCCAAAAACUUCAUGGGCAUUUAGAAACCAAAAAAAGACAAAAGAACUCUACGGGACAAACCCAACUGGUUCCCAGACGGCUGAAACAGAAGCAAGUUCUCAUUCGUCUCAACACGGUUUUCCAUCAUUUUUACACAAACCUUAUUCUUCAAUCUCAGCUCCAACUUCGGCCAACCGCCAGCCAACCGUUAAAACUUUUCAUCAGCUUGAGACCAGCCCAACUGGACCCAAAAGUAGCUCAGAGAGAGCUAGUUGGCUGAAAACAAAAACAACACAGAGCACCUCAACUCAACCACGGUCCAGUUCGCCAAUCCAAACUCAGUCCUUCGUGACCUUUUACCCUCUAAAUCCUCCAAUCUUUACUCUGGACAAAGGUCUUGGGUCUCAAUCGAAGGUUAAAAGCUCAGAUGACCUCCAUUCAUCUCCCUCUUCCUUUCUACACAGUUCUAUCCUACAGUCAACAGAAACUAUGCAUUUACCUCCUUCUGGAAGUCCUACUCUGGUGUCCACACCUCCAUCUGUCAGACCAACACUGUCCAUCCAUCUCUCCUCUUUAAAGAGCCAACCUGAAACUGUUCCAGCUCUUUCCGCCUUACCCAUUCCUUCCCCAGUCCCCUCGCUUCAUUUACCUCUAACCCAGCCUCCCUCCACCUCUCCACCACCAUCGUUCUACACAUCUCCAACUCCUCCUUUAAGGUCUCAAAACAUUCCAGCAACUGUAACAGUCAAAUCUCCAUUUACAGGUCCUGUCUGCUCUUCAUCUCUCAAAAGUCCCAACUCUUCCUCUCCCUCGGUUCCACCAUCAGAUACUCCCAGAUCGAUUACUUCCUCUGUUACUCCACCUUCACCUUUAUCCAUUCCUCCAUCAACGUCCUCCUCCUUUAAAGAGCAUUUGUCUUUCACCUCCGUCACCCUGGCAGCUUCAGGGCUCAACCCAGCCACGUUAGGCACGAUUGUUCAUCCAAACCCCAAACCUUUUCCAAACCAUCGACCCAAUCCCGGCCACGACCUUCUGCCAGACGUUCCAAUCAUCAAUUCCAAACCCAAGCGUCCCUCCAAACCGCAGACCCCCGGUGAGGACGGGAAGUAUCCAGACAUCGUCCCGAAGCACACGGCCUGGGAGCUGGGCGUUCUGCUGGGCGGCUCGGCCGGUUUCGGUAUGGUGCUGGUGCUGGCUGUGAGGUGCUUGUACCGCCAGGCCUGCGGUAGACGGACAGCGGUCACGCUGAACGACAGGGAACGAGAAUACGGCCGAGGGGAGAUAGGCCUGAUCCAGGUCCAGGAGUGUGGGGAUUUGGUAAGAGUCCGGAAAAUCAGGGAGAACAGUUUUGUGUUUUUGACAGAGUACGACGUUCUUGCGACCUCUGGAAACUGAGAAAGAGGAUCUUCAGAACGGGUGGCAAACACUCUUUCAUAUCCACUCUUUCGUAUCAUCUACAGUAAACCAUUCAUGGCGUUAUCAGCUCAGUGUUAAAUACAUUUUACAUUUGAAAACAUUACUUUUUAGAUUGGUCAAUUUUCUUUCGUAACAAUGUGUAAAAACAUUAACGACAAACUAGUUUAGACGCCUGACCACUAAAACAUUUUUUAUGAAACUUUUACCGGAAAAAAAUUGACGAGUUGCUUUUAAAACGCAACGAUAAUCCAGGGUGAAAAAAAAUGGAUGAAAAAAAGAAUUCAAUGUAAAGACUAACAUUGUUCAACUGAAUAAGCAGCUUAGCAUCCCCUCUUAACUAAUAUUUGAGUAAAACAAUAAAAAUAAUAACUCACCUGCCCUAAGUGUGCAUUGUAGGCAUAACUGCUAAAAUCUCUUAUAUUAUGAGAAACAAUUAUUUUCUUCAUACAUUUACGUUAAUUUUCCACUGCUUUUGUUUUUUUAUCAGUGCAUUUCAUUCCUUCUGUAAGGAGUUUGAUGUAUCUGUUAUUGUGUUGUAUUGUUUACAAUAAAUGCUGAAAAUAAAUCAAAUCCAAUAAGUUAACAAUUUUUAAUGAAGGCAAAAAUCAAAUUAAAUCCUCCAGAAAUAUUAUAUGAUAGGUUUGAGUUGAUUCCUUUUUAAUGGUAGUCAUUUAAGACACAUUUUAGACAUUUUUUGUUGUUCUGUCAUAAAUUUAGGCUCUCUAUGGAACACAGAGACAAAACUUUAUAAAUAGAUUUUCAUUUCUGAAAAAAAUGUGACUCUGUGGCUCCACUAAGACGAUUCUGAGAUGGAAACCAUUGUUUUCAUGUCUAAUGAAUCCCAUCAUCUGACUGCUUCACUAAGAUCAAUCACAUUUAAAUCUCAGACUUCAUGGGCCUCAGUCAAGAGAAACCGCAGGAAUUUCAAAAAUAAAAGCUCUGUAAUCCAAUCAGCAAUAAAGGGUGUAUUUCACGGGUUCAACCCUUUAUAACCAUCUACAUCAUAUAUCAUGUUUUUCUGAGACCUCCAUCUCAUCAGCAUGGGUCAAACUUUCCCUAAAAAGUCAUCGGAUAGAACUUAGUUCAGGAUUUCUGCCCUGCCUUCUGCCCAACAUUAUUCCACUAGAGGCAGUUGAAGUUUUUUGGGGGUAAUUUCAAAAUGGCUUCCUCCGUGAACACUUUUGGCGGGAAAAGUUUAGCUAAUUUUCAAACUUUUACAGUUAGAAUAACUAACUGUAAAUGACUAUUAUUUCUUUUUCUUUUAAAUAACUACUUGCUAUAUUGAAAUAAUUCAAAAUGUGUUCCUUCAUUCUUUGUAAUAAACCACAUUAGAGACCGUGUGGAAAUAAGGUGAUUUUUCCUGAACACUUAGUGAAAGAUGCAAAACUUUUGACCCAAUACUGUUGUAGCAAAAACACAACAAAUAACACAACAAAUUAUAAUUGUUACCAUCUAUGUCUUAUAGAAAAGAUUGCAGAUUUGUUUGUGGAUUUCAAAUAUUGGGGUCACUGGAGGUCACAAAACUGAAGUGGAUAGCACUCUUGCCUCACAGCAAGAAGGCCCCUGGUUCAAGUCCCGGCUGGGGGACCUUUCUGUGUGGAGUUUGCAUGUUCUCCCCAUGCAUGGGAGGGUUCUCUCCGGGGACUCCGACUUCCUCCCACCGUCCAAAAACAUGGUUCAUAGGUCAAUUGGCAACUCUAAAUUGUCACCAAGUGUGAGAGUUAAUGUAUCUGUGAUAUGUGGCCCCGCGACAGACUGGCGACCUGUCCAGGAUGUCCCCUGCCUUCCCCCACAAGUGGCUGGGAUAGGCUCCAGCAGCCCCGUGACCCCGAAAGGGAAAAAACAGAAGAAGAUGAAUGAAUGAAUAUUUAGGAGCUAAAAUUGACUGCAAACAUCACAUCUGAGGUUUUUAGACAUUUCAUUAACAUCUGGAAGUCCCAUAAAUGUGAUGUACAUUAAAGUACAUUAUCUGAGUACGUCUGAGUGUCGCUUUGUUCCAUUUGUUGUCGACACACAGCAUGGCUGUGUUUCAUCGACACACAAAGCCUCACAGAAACAGGCGGCGUUCACAAGCAUGACUUUCUCCAAACGAUGUGACAGAAGAGCCAUCUGCCGCCGCAGAGUUCAGAAGCUGCAAACUCCUUUCGUUUGGUUUGUUCCGUGUCCAGUUCUGACAGCAAACCCAGAGCGGAAAAGACACGACAGGAGAGGAAAUUCAGCUACCUUCACUUCUGCAGUAAAACAAUUAGAAGUUAUGAAGUGAUUUAAGAAAACGGUAAAGAAAAUAAGGUCGAUAUGAUCCAUCUCCAUAGAUGAGAACAGAAAUGUGAGAGCAGAUGCUGCGGGUGAGUGUAAGAAUCGAGUUAGGACGUAGAAUAGGAUAUAAAAGAGUAAAAACGGUGAAGUAACAUCUGACAAAAAUGAAAAACAAAUCCUAAAACAUUUGUGUGAAAGACUCAGACAUUUUUUUAAGUUUGAAUAUUGCUGUCGCAUGUUAGCAAUGCUAACAUGAUCAAUGCUAACAGUGCUAAUAUUAGCAAUCCUAACAUUAGCAAUGCUAUUAGUGUUAAUAUUGGCAAUGCUGACGAUCCCAACAUUAGCAAUGUAUUACCGCCUACGUGAGGCAUGAGAAGAAGAAGCUCCACCCCUUUCACAUCAGGUGCUUGUGCCGCGUGCUGCAGAUCAAGUGGCAGGACAGGGUCCCAAACACAGAGUUGCUGGAACGAGCCAACAUGAGCAGCAUGCACACAGCCCUCAGUGAGAGACGUCUGAGGUGGCCGGGCUAUGGCAUGAGAAUGGACACAGGCCGCAUUCCCAAAGACCUCCUCUGUGGUGAGCUGGUUAAAGGCCAAAGAACAAGAGGACGUCCAAAACUGCGCUUCAAAGACGUCUGCAAAAAGGACAUGAGGCGGUGCUCUAUCGACCCCAACUCAUGGGAGAGUCAAGCAGAUGAUUGCCCUAUCUGGAGACUCGCCGUCAGGCAGGGUACAACAGACGCAGAGGCCAAGCGGAACAAGAAUGCUGCCCAGACAAGAACCAGGAGGAAGCAGCAGCACCUAUGAGGGACUACCAUUCCAGAAUAGGACUGCACAGCCAAUCCUGGCGGUGCAGGUAGAUCCAGAAGGAGCUACACCAUCGUCUCUCCAGACGGACGGCUGCCGAGUAUUAAUAUUAGCAGUGCUAACAAUACCAACAUUAGCAAUGCUAGUAUUAGCAAUACUAUUAGCAAUGCUAACAAUACCAACAAUAGCAAUGCUAGUAUUAGCAAUGCUAACAAAACUAAGAUUAGCAAUGCUAAAAUUAUUCAUACUAUUAGCUUUAAUAUUAGCAAUGCUAUCACUGCUACUAUUAACGAUACUAACGCUCCCAACAUUAGCGUGUUAAUAUUAGCAAUGCUAAUAUUAGCAAUACUAUUAGCUUUAAUUUUAGCAAUGCUAACUUUAACAUGCUAACUGUUUUGUGAGGGUGAUAAAUUCAAAUGAGCAUUUUUGCCUCAUUCUGGACAUCUAAGUAUGAGGGCCACAAAAAAAGAUUUUUAUAUAUACAUAUAUGUUGUAAAUUAUUCGAAUAUCUUUUUAACUUUAUGAAAAUAAAAUGAUAAAUUUAUGAUU